AUGGACCUGGAAUCUCAUGGUUCGAACUGUAUGAAUGCGUAUUAUAAGCACCCGCUGCAUCCCAACGGUUUGCCCAGGACUGUAACAAAUGUGGGGGACAGAAUUAUGUGCAGACUAAUGGUAGGAGCAUUAUAUUUUAUGAAUGAGAACAGGUGGCGCCUGUGGGGUGGGAAUAUGGUGGUUAGUGAUGAUGAUGAGCUGAAGGAAUAUGUGAGAUGUGCCAUUGUCAAUAUGUAUAUGGAGAUACUAAGGGCAUCAUCAUGUGGUGGAGAAUGGGGUUUAUAUUAUGCAUGGUACAAAAUGAAAGAGAUGGAAGAAGGGCUAGGGGGUGGUUUAAUAACCAAAGGUAAAUGUGGGCACGGAGUGUUUGAAAACAUAAAAGCGUCAGAGUGGGAUACGGGGAACAAAAUUAAGCAGUGGCUACGGCAGAAUGCACGGAUGAAUGGAAAAAUAGCAAGAUCAGGUCUAAAAUCCAAGUGUAGUAGAGCAAUUGCAGACAUCGAUAAAGUAAAGAAAGGCGGAACAAAAGAUAGUUUGAAUGUUCUGAAGGCAGGAGUAGAGAAAGACAUAGGGGACACAUUAAAGGCAGCAAUGAAAAGCGUUAUGAGGCAAAUCAGCAAAGAAGUUAAGGCAACAAUGAAGGGCUCGGGGGAUAAAGGACCUGGUUCCACAAUAGAACCCGAAUGUGACUCUGAGGAAGAUGACACAGGGGAAUUGUCAGAUUCAGAAGAAGAUAAAGAACAGGACAAGUAUUCAAGCAUACCAGCGUCAUCGUCUCUCCCAGGGGAAUCCACGGGACUAGCGUCCAGCAUUUCCAAUCCAGUCGACGCGGUAGCCGCUGAAAAACCCGUCCACCCUGCAACACCAGCAGUUACCGAAACGCCGGCAAUACCACAGGAACCUCCAGCUAAGGACCGAUCGGAGAAAGCACGAAUGCGGACAAAUAUGACCGAAUACGGCCGAAUACUUAUGCGGCCCUCAUAUAAAUCGUACGAAUAUGGAUGCCACCACAACAACGCCAUGGCCACAAACACGCACGGCCACCAUAUGCAUGCGCCCACCACAACAACGCACACGGGAACAACCAACAGCGCGGUGCGCAACAUCACCCCCUCGUUGAGUCGAGCACAGCAACACUUCGUUGACGUGGAGGCAGGAGACGGACGGGGGUAG